CACCACAUGGCAAACUUUCGACCUGUGUUACUGUGUACCGUGACAUGAACAACUGUAGUGUCUUGCAUUUCGGGGGUUGGGGUUGAAAUUGGGCUGCCGUGAGGAGGGGAAGUGCCAUCAACUUUGGUUGAAUCCAAGCUUAACUCAACUCUCAUCAAGCACUUCACUUCCCUACUACCUGGGCACCUAGGCACUUUCCAAUCGACUCCCAUUUCAAACAACCCACAACCCACAACAUGCCUCUCCCAACCGAACCACCCAUCAACGUCCUAAUCACCGGCGCCGCCGGCCUCGUCGGCCCGCUCCUCGUGACCCGCCUCCUCAAUGCCCCGCAGUACCGCGUGCUGCUCACCGACCUAGCUGACCCGAUCGUCCCGGACGGCGUCGCCCACCCGCACCACGCCACCACGCUGAAAGGCGACAUCACCAGCCCGGACUUCGUCUCCGCCCUGCUCACACACCCGGCCGUCCAACCCCUGCACGCCGUCUGCCUCUUCCACGGGAUCAUGUCGGCCGCCGCCGAGCGCGACUACGACGCCUCGCUGCGCGUGAACGUCGACUCGGUCCGUCUUAUAGCCGAAACCCUACGGAAACAGCACGGAGUGAGACCGCCGGUGCGGCUGAUCUACGCCAGUUCGCUGGCCGUGUUCGGCCCGCCGUUUCCCAACCCCAACCACCCCAACCCAACUGACUCCUCCUCCUCUACCUCCAACCUCAAAAUCCCCGAGCGAUGGAUCCCCACGCCGCAGAGCACGUACGGCGCGCACAAGCUGAUGACCGAGACGUACCUGAACGAGGUGCACCGGCGCGGGUGGCUGGACGUGUUUGUCGCGCGCUUCCCGACCAUCGCGGUGCGGCCGGGCAAGCCGACGGGCGCGGCGUCGAGCUUCUGGAGCGGCAUCGUGCGCGAGCCGAUGAAUGGCGUGGAGUGCGUGGUACCAAUUCGGGAUCGCGGGUUCCGGGCGUUCCUGACGGCGCCGAGCACGGUCGCGGAGAAUCUGGUCAGGGUGCUGCAUUGGGAGAGUGGGAUGUUACCCGGACAUGUGCGGCAGGUUACGUUUCCUGGUAUUGCGGUGAGUGUUCAGGAGUUGAGGGACGCGCUGGCUAAGUAUGGUGGGGAGGAGAGGCUGCGGUUGAUUAGGGAGGAGCCGGACGAGCGGUUGGAGAGGAUCCUGCGCAGCUGGCCGCCGGAUUUCGAUAUCACCACGCCGUUGCGGCUGGGGCUGGUCGUGGACCGGAGUGCGGAUGACUUGGUGAGGGAGUAUGUUGAGGGGUUGAAGAAGUAAUAAGCGGGGAUUUGUUGUAUCCUUGGCUCUAGGUGCUGGCAUGGUUAGAAUGUGGCGGUGACGAGAUCUUUGAUACUGUCGAGAUGCAGAGUCAAUACUGGGCUCGGGAGAUAGGGUUGUUACUACAAGAGAUGGAGUAUCUCCUAAUAUAAGGUAGGUACCU